AUGUCUGGCACACUGCCGCCUAGCCAGACUCUCAUCAACGUUAGGGUAGAAGACCCGGGCUGUCUAGGCGGACCAGGAGACCUACACCUAUCUUUCAGUGAAAGAAAUCUAGGUUGCUGUCAGCUGGAUCUGCUUUCUUCGCUCGCCGUCUUUUACACAGCUUUUUACUUUCUCUGGUGGGCUCUGCGUGUAACAAAUGCCGAGAAGGCUCACCCCAAGACUAUUGGGCGCGGAGAAGCCAAGCAGACACGAAUCGAAUCCAUAGAAGGCUCAGCCUGCUGGGUGCUCAGCUUUUGGGAAACUAUCGUGAACUACGCUGAUAUGGUUGGAGUUUGUGCAGAGCUUGGGAGAGCCAUAGAGCCGCUCAUUCCACUGUCAACCCGGAUGUUCUCAACUUUUUGUAGGCUUCCAGUACAGCGAUGCUAUCUGGCAGUUCACACGCAACGUCUAGUGGCCCUGUCCGAGACGGCGGAUAGCAGAACGAAUGGCCCCAGGAACGGCGUUUGUCGACUAGGAACUAAGACCUUCUGGCCCAAGAUGCACGUAGGUCUUACCAAUCGACGAGAGUCUGCACCUCAACACUCGCUCGAAAUUUGA